AUGGCGCUGCAGCCUGCGCCCAGAACUCCAGGCUCUGGGAGAGAAGCGCUGGGCCUGGCAGGCGGCAGGCUGCCUGCUGGCACCGGGCUCAGGCUGGCCCUUUGCAGGGGCCAGAAGGGUACCCCCUGCAUUCUCUGCCCUGCUGCCGAGGUGGGCACCUCCACAACCCCCGGAGGCAGGUCCCACCUGUGCAGCAGCCCAGCCUCCGGUGCUGGCAGCGUCUCCUGGGCUGCAGCCUGCUCCUCAGGGCCCUCUUCCUCCCGCCGAGAGAAGGCUGAGGUCUGGCCUGGCAUCCUCCUCCUCCUGCUGCACGGUCAGGGAAGGCCCGGGGCCGCCUCCGUCCAACCGCAGCGUGGCCGAGCCCCGGGGCCGCCUCCGUCCAACCGCAGCGUGGCCGAGCCCCGGGGCCGCCUCCGUCCAACCGCAGCGUGGCCGAGCCCCGGGGCCGCCUCCGUCCAACCGCAGCGUGGCCGAGCCCCGGGGCCGCCUCCGUCCAGCCGCAGCGUGGCCGAGCCCCGGGGCCGCCUCCGUCCAACCGCAGCGUGGCCGAGCCCCGGGGCCGCCUCCGUCCAACCGCAGCGUGGCCGAGCCCCGGGGCCGCCUCCGUCCAACCGCAGCGUGGCCGAGCCCCGGGGCCGCCUCCGUCCAACCGCAGCGUGGCCGAGCCCCGGGGCCGCCUCCGUCCAACCGCAGCGUGGCCGAGCCCCGGGGCCGCCUCCGUCCAGCCGCAGCGUGGCCGAGCCCCGGGGCCGCCUCCGUCCAACCGCAGCGUGGCCGAGCCCCGGGGCCGCCUCCGUCCAGCCGCAGCGUGGCCGAGCCCCGGGGCCGCCUCCGUCCAGCCGCAGCGUGGCCGAGCCCCGGGGCCGCCUCCGUCCAACCGCAGCGUGGCCGAGCCCCGGGGCCGCCUCCGUCCCGCCGCAGCGUGGCCGAGCCCCGGGGCCGCCUCCGUCCAGCCGCAGCGUGGCCGAGCCCCGGGGCCGCCUCCUCUUCCUUCCAAGGGGCUCCAGACCUGCCGCCCCCAGGCAGCCCCAGGCCGCCCCAGCCCCCAGGCGCUGCUGCAGCCUCCCCCAGACCGCGGCGGCGGACGCGGAGCCGGCGCGGCCCGGCCCGGUCACGGCACUGCCUGCCGCCCCCUCCCCGGCCCCGCGUUCUCUCCGGGGUGCCCCGGGCCCGGCCGGCUCUGCGGGCGCUCGGCGGCUGCCGGUGCGGGGGCUGCCCGGGCACGUUCCCGCCGCGGGACGGGGCCGGUGCCGGUGCCGGUUCCGGCUCUCUCGUGGGCCGGGUGCGGGCGAGCCGCGAUGGGCACAGGGCCGAGGAGAGGCCCGGGGCGGCGCUGCCCCUCCCCUGCUGGUGCUUGGCGGCGGGGCCGGCCCGGCCGACCGGGGGAACUCGUCCGUCCGGUCUGACGGCGGCGGCCGCGGGGCCGUCGGAGCCAUGAGAGGGCAGCGAGCGAGGGAGGCAGCGAGCGGCGCCGGGCCCCGCGCACACAGCAGGUGAAUGCUCCUGCCGAGGACGGCGGCGGCGGCCGUGACCCGGCGGGCAGUGCCGGGGCUCUUCUGCCAGGUGAGGCCUUUGCUCCUGUCCGGCCCGGCAGCGCCAUGGGGCUGCCCUGGGCACUGGGUGUGCUGCUAGGGGCACAACGCCAGGGCAGUGCCCAGCCUGGUGCCCGACGGACCUUGGCUGUGACUGAGUGGUGCCCAGCUGCCCUGGCCGUGCCUUUGUGUGGGC